CAUGGCCUUUGAUGACUCAUAAUUGUUUCGAUUGUUGUGCCCAGCUAUUUCUCAGCAACGCAGAUCGAACUAUUUAGUAUGGAUAAAAGUGUUGGACGGGACAAACGUCGCAAAGACAAGCACCACAAAAAACCGCCUCCGGUGAAAUCCAGCAGCGGCAGUUCCGCCGGUAAGUCACAAAAAGAAGCAGAAAACACCAACCGAACGGUGCCCACAUCUGCCCCGUUGAUUGUCUACGACGAUCCGUUCUCGAGGCGACCGGUCGAAUCCAACUGGAACAGCAGCCGAAAUCUCUCGUCUGGGGGAAGCGAUUCGGAAGACGAGCAGCUGCGGGCUGCCGAUUUCGAGAAACUACUGCAAAUGCCCCCUUCGGUCAGUGGACACUUUUUCCUUAGUACCGAAAAACAUUGGACGACCGAUAGCGAAGACGUUUCGAUUACCAGCGGCAGUGGCAAGCCCGGUCAACAGUACGGACAAUACUUCCAGAUCGAUACGAAGCAGCUGAACGCAAGCUUGGCCACUAUCCCGUUCUACGAGAGAAACGGCUACCCGUGCGAGAUUUUCUCCAAACAGGAAAUCAAUUCUAUGAAAUUGAAAGCACAGUACGAAUCAAACAAUUACGACGAACUUUGCCAGCGGUUGGAAUCAUCGAAGAAGAUGGGAGACAGCCAGCCGAAGCCACCGAUCAAGUGUCUCAUAGGAGCGGGAGCGCUCCCGCCUCCAGUGAAUCAGGAACGGCAAGAUCCGCCUGCUCGGCCGGUGCCGUGCUUAAUUGGCCCCAUGGCACUGCCUCCGGAGCUGAGAAAUGAUCCCAAUGUGACCGGAAGCUAUGCUUCUUCGAAUGUAGCAGUUGCAGAGCGGUUAAGCGAGGUCAAUCUAACGGAAGGAGGAAGUCGUUCGGCGACUGAUGCAGUGCCUAUCGAAAGUAGUAACGUUCAGGAACAGAUAGCUGCUGGUGUGGGGUCUUCAGGAGUGGAGAAGGGAAACGAGGGAAAUUCUGGAGGUAAGCGAGAAGUACAACCGGCAGCGAAGGAAACGAAGGAAGAUAUCCAACAGUGGCUAGACGAUAUUCUGGACAUGUAGGUUGUAGGGGCGUAUCUGUUUAUUAAA